AUGUGCCCUGGAGACCACCCCGGUUUCACCGCGGUUCAGACCCGCCAGAACCCUCAUCCUUCCCGUAACCCCUACGGUCACAAUGUCGGCGUGACUGAUUUUUUGAGCAAUGUCUCCCGCUUCAAGAUCAUCGAGAGUACUCUUCGUGAGGGCGAACAGUUCGCCAACGCUUUCUUUGAUACCCAGAAGAAGAUUGAAAUUGCCAAGGCAUUGGAUGAGUUUGGAGUCGACUACAUUGAACUUACUAGCCCUUGUGCUUCUGAACAGUCAAGGCUUGACUGCGAAGCCAUCUGCAAACUUGGCUUGAAGGCCAAGAUCCUCACUCAUAUUCGAUGCCACAUGGAUGACGCUCGGGUCGCUGUCGAGACUGGUGUUGACGGAGUCGACGUCGUCAUUGGAACUUCCUCGUAUCUCCGCGAGCACUCUCACGGCAAGGACAUGACCUACAUUAAGAACACCGCCAUCGAAGUUAUUGAAUUCGUCAAAUCCAAGGGCAUCGAAAUCCGAUUCUCCAGCGAGGACUCUUUCCGCUCCGACCUCGUCGACCUGCUUUCCAUCUACUCAGCCGUCGACCAAGUUGGUGUGAACCGCGUUGGUAUUGCAGACACUGUUGGCUGCGCUUCUCCUCGCCAGGUGUACGAGCUCAUCCGUGUUCUGAGGGGAGUUGUGAGCUGUGACAUUGAAACUCACUUCCACAACGACACUGGUUGCGCCAUUGCCAAUGCUUACUGUGCUCUCGAGGCUGGUGCUACUCACAUUGAUACCUCUGUCCUUGGUAUUGGUGAGCGCAAUGGUAUUACUCCUCUUGGUGGUCUCAUGGCUCGCAUGAUGGUCGCCGACCCCCAGUACGUCAAGAGCAAGUAUAAGCUGGAGAAGCUUAAGGAUAUUGAGGACCUUGUCGCCGAGGCUGUUGAGGUCAACAUUCCCUUCAACAACUACAUCACCGGUUUCUGUGCCUUCACCCACAAGGCGGGUAUCCACGCCAAGGCUAUCCUGAACAACCCCAGCACCUACGAGAUCAUCAACCCCGCUGAUUUCGGCAUGUCAAGAUAUGUGCACUUCGCGUCUCGUCUAACAGGCUGGAACGCUAUCAAGUCGCGUGCUCAACAGCUUAACGUCCACAUGACUGACGAUCAGUACAAGGAGUGCACGGCCAAGAUCAAGGCUCUUGCUGACAUCCGACCUAUUGCUAUUGAUGAUGCGGAUAGCAUCAUCCGUGCUUAUUACCGCAACCUUAGCUCCGGCGAGAACAAGCCCCUCAUGGAUCUGACUGCCGAUGAGCACGCUCAGUUCCUCGCCAAGGAAAAGGAGCUUACCGAGAGUGGCACCGCUCUUUAAGGGCGUUCCGUUUCCUAUUUUCAAAACGAUCUAUGCAUAUUUGCUUUGCGCUAUGAGCUAUUCCUGUUGGAAUAUGGUGAAAUUUUUACAUCUAUUUAUUUCUUUUCCCUAGAGCUUUGAUCAUAUUCCCUGAGCGACUCCUUUUACGAAGUGAGACGUCGAUCUUCCUUUGUCUUGUCAUGAUUGGUGUUUUUUAUGUGGUCUGGGAUAUUUUAGUUUACCUUGGGGGUUCCUAAAAGUGUUAUUUCUCCCUCAGCCAUGAGCACGAGGUAAGAGUGGUCGGUGUUUGCGAGCUUUGAUUUUUAAGUAAGCCCUGUAUAUAAGCUGUCUCGGCGAUUACAUUAAAUGAAAGAGUCAAGAAACAAAUACAAUCAUCUACAAAUC